UUUUGAUCAAAUGGAAAAUAUUUUUUUAGACAUUUUUCUGUCUAAACUUAAUAAAUUAUUACUGUUUUAACUGCUGUGGAUUUUUUCCUAAAAUAUAUUAAAAUAGCCUCAUGAGUCCAAUUCUGUUAAGAUCGAAUGAUCAGUUCCCCCAUGCUGAAGUAGGGCUGGACAAUAUGGCCUAAAAUCAACAUCAGGAUAUGAGGAUUUCAUUUCAACUGCAGGUGUGCGCAAAAACAAAAGUUGUCCACUAGAUGGGGCUGUCACAUACAUUACGUUGAGUCACAUUUUUACGUAACUCAAGGUGGUACAGCUUCUUAAAAGGACAUGGAUGUUGCCAACCUACACACAUCUUUUCAUUUUUUUUAUUAUCAAAUUUAUUGACGUGGGAAAAUGAUCUUGAUGAGAGUCAGAAAUUUUGCUAACGAAAAAAUGUUCGAUUUAUUGCCCAGCCCUAUGCUGAAGCAAAAUGUAGUUAUUUUUCUGAUGCUUCCAGGUCUUAAUUCUGCCAUGAAUUUGCUUAUAUCUCAUCUUAAAGGGACUUUACGGAGUUUAGAAUUUUUAUGCUCACGAUUGCCCCCUCAAGCCAAAAGCAUAACGGCAGCUUCAAUAGUAGGCUCGUGCACGAGGCGCGCAUGCUGUACGUGCACACUCCUUAACGAAAAUAACAGCUGAGACAGUCCUGUGUGUGUGUGUGUGUGUGUGUGGCCCAGAGGACAGAGGAAAGGAGAACGUGCAGCUAAUUAAUUAAAUAAUUUGGUUCUGUACCUUUCUCUUCAGCACAGCCGACAAAGGUUUAUAAUGGGUCUGUCCUCCUGCAUGCUCAGAUCAUUCCCUUCCCUUGCUUGAAAAAUUGUUCCAAAUUGAAAGUUGAACCCACAUCUUUUUUAUCUGUGAAUUCAAUGCCGUUCGGCGAUUCUCAAAUAAAAAUGUGGGCAUCUUACUGUAAAAAAUAUACCAUUAAUGUAAAAAUGAAACUCUAAAUAAAAAAAGUAUGGUCACAUCCAGACUCAAACCCGGGUCGUCAGUUCAUCAGUCCGAUGUCUUACUAGGUGAGCUAAACCGCCAGUGACAUCUCUUGUAUCUGUAACAUUUAUAUCGUUGAUAACUACUGAAACAACGUUCAAAGAACGGUUCGGAGCAAAAAUGGCUAUUUUGUUGCUAAUUUGCAGGAAAUAUCUAGAAGAAAGUUCUACAGAAAGUAGCUAAGGGUCCUCAGAAAUGUAGCUAGGUUCAUCACUAGGCGUUAGGAACAGCGACAAAGUCGCUGAGUUGGCACUACCUCUCUCUGCUGCUAAAGCUACUGAAAGCAAAUGCUACGGGCGAUGCCUGAGCGUGAACACGCAUGAAGCAGCCUGCUCGACCCGAGCAGCUCUCUUUUUCUGUGAUUUUACAGAAAAACAGGCAAUCACAGUAAAAAUGCCAGGGCUCAUUCUACAGGACCAGCGCAUUGCAGGAGAAUGUAUGAAGAAGAAAUGUAUUAUUUCUAUACAUGUUUUGGCUGUCAAACUUCCAUAAUGCCCCUUUAAUUAACCACAUAAAAAAAAAACGUUGUCAGUUUGUGAACUGUUGUGAAAUUCUGGAGAUAAAAACAGUUUUCAGAUGUGUGUUAUUUCUGGUAACUGAGGCCUUCAUUAACGGAGGUAAAAUAUUCCAACAUUUAUCCAGAAGCAAACCCCAGAACGUUACUUCUUUUAACUUCAGGGCAUCAUCAAAAGCAGCAAAUAAGAUACAUUCUGACUCAUAAUAUCAUUUUGCGACCAAAUAGCGAUGUGUAUUGGUUAAAUUAUGGUGAUGUGAUAUGUAUCACGAUACCGUGGAGACGUUACAAUAUAUCACGAUGUAUCGCGAUACAUUCAGUCAGACGUUAUUAGUGAUUUUUGUAGACUGAGUUUAUUAUAGGAAAAUUCAGUAAAUAAGCGGAUACUUAACAUGUUUAGCAUGAGGUAUCUUAACCAUAAUAGAAGUAUUUAUAUUUCAAUGGCAGAAACAAAACCCAUUGCACACUGCUGCCAACUAGCGGUCGGUGAUUUAAUUGCAUCAAAAGAAAAAGAAAAUACACAAAUGUUUGCAUGUAAAUUACUGAUGCACAGAUGUAAAAUUUUGGGGCCGAUACUGAUAUCCGAUAUUAAUCUCACUGUUGUGGCCGAUAACCGAUAUUUGCUCAAUACCGAUAUACUGACAUUAAUGCUUUUAAAAUCAGCAGAUUUUGUAUAGAAUUAAAUUAUUAAAGCUGACUUUAAGUUAUUAUGUACACACACCACACACGUUUAUGGUUCUGAGAUGAUUACAUUAACUGUUCACAUGAAUAAACAAUUACACAUCACCCCCCUCACCCUCUGAAACAGGCAAACAAAUGGAGACGAGAUGGAAAAAAUAUCUGUUGUUAAUAUCAGCUUGGCUUUAUUUAUCGAACUGAUACCGAUAUGUUAAAAAAAUGACUAACAUCGGCUGAUACCGAUAUGGAUUCUGAUAUAUUGGCCAUCUCUUAAUGUAAAUUCUUUCAAAAAUUAGAUACACGACUUUUGAAUAUCGAUAUAAUAUUGCAGGGAAAUGUAUCACGAUAUAUUGCCAUAUCAAUAUUUCCUAGCAUCCCUAGGGUCCAAGCAUGUCCUAAAUGUCACACACACUUUAAAGAAAGAGGAUGUGAAACCACUGGACUAGAAAAUUAGGCUUUUUAACAUUUCUAUUUCUCACUCAUAUGUGCAGUAGGUGACGGGGAGGGGCUUGGUCUCCACUGGAUGCAGCAGAUAAGAGCUUCUUCUGUGCACACCCCCCUGUGUAUAAACAAGAUGAGCUUAUUUAAUGUGUUGCAGUCGGAGGGAAUAAUCAUUAGAAUAGUUCGGAGUAUUGCAUCAGAAAGGUCAUUAUGGAUACAAAUAUGGACCUAUUAGAGAAAAACAUAGUUGAAAUGAUGGCUAAAUUUAUCGAAGAAGCCUCUGAUACAGAAAAUAGCGGCGAGGUGCUGAUGGCUGGUAGACAUUACUCAUCUAUCCAAGAGUUUGCCUCUGCGAUCCCUAACCACCUUCUCCUCGGGUCACUGCUCGAGCACCUGUGCUGCGUCUACGAGAGCAACCCCGCACGCUCACGCAUGCUCUUCAAAGUCAUAGGCCAGCGUUUAGCAGCCAUGAACCUGCUUUCACCUUUGGCCAUAAGUGAUGAAUUCAGCACCGUCAGGCUCCAACACAACUGGGCCUUCACUGAGCUGCUGAAUGCUGCUAGCUCCUCACUGUAUCCACAGGGGCAACAUUUUAGUACAAACACACACAAUCCUGCUGUCAGGUCCAAGGAGGGACUGUUCCAAGCACAAACAUCACGAUAUCUGAGUGAGUUUGAGGAGCUCUGCAGGCUUGGGAAAGGAUCAUAUGGGAAUGUUUUUAAGGUUAUGAACAAACUAGAUGGACAAUUUUACGCUGUGAAGAAAAUUCUCAUUAAAAAAGUCUCAAAGGAAGACUGCAUGAAGGUCCUCAGAGAAGUCAAAGUCCUAUCCAGCUUGCAGCAUGUAAACGUUGUGGGUUAUCACACCGCAUGGAUGGAGCAUGUUCAGCCGGCAGCAUACCCCGAGUCACACCUUCCCGCUCUGAAAUCUCCUGGUCAAGAAGACGGUUUUAAAGACAGCCCUGAAAACAGCAGUAGCAGCUCUUCUAUAGUGUUUGAAAGUUUAAGUCAACCAGGGGCAGAUGCUGUUUCAAAAGCCAAAGACUCUCCAUCAGAUGGCCACGUGGUGUGUCCUAGGACCAUGCGUCGCAUCCCUGAGAACUACGUGCCUUGUGUGUUCCUGGGUCAGCGAGAGCCUAAAAGAGGCUCCAAGUGUCUGGCUAUGGGCUGGGAUGCUUCGCCGUUGUUGGAGGAGGGGUCGAGCAGGAGCAGCAUUGAACUGAACAACAACUCCUGUCUCGACAAGGAAUGUCCUCAGUGGGCUGACAGGAAACGCACAAGAAGGCCUUCUAAAGAGGUACAUUUCCACCUGAUGCUUUAUAUCCAGAUGCAGCUGUGUGAGCGCUCACUAAAGGACUGGAUCUCUGAGAGGAACGCUAGACCAAUAAACAACCACAUAUCAGGGACUCCAUAUGAUCUUGUCGAUACUGAACACACUCUGAGCUUGCUGAAAAACAUACUGGAGGGAGUGGAGUACAUUCACUCAAGAGGAAUCAUGCACAGAGACCUGAAGCCAAGGAACAUCUUCCUUCAUGGUCACGACUGCCAUGUCCGGAUUGGGGAUUUUGGUUUGGCCUGUAGGGAUAUAAUAUUCGAUGAUCACAAAAUAACCACUUCUGGUGGCGAUGAUUCUGCUCAUACUUCAGGUGUUGGUACAUUUGUGUAUGCAGCACCAGAGCAGCUGAAAGGCUCCCAUUAUGAUUCUAAGUCAGAUAUGUACAGCAUCGGAGUUCUCCUCUUUGAGCUAUUCCAGCCUUUUGGGACUGAGAUGGAGCGAGUCCGGACCCUCGAGGACCUGAGAGAAGGGAAAAUCCCAGAUUUAUUCUUCCACAAAUGGCCGGUUCUGACUAAGUUCAUCAUGAAGCUGACAAGUAAAGAGCCUAGUGUUCGGCCCACGGCCAGGCGGCUCCUAGAGUCUGAACUCUUCUGCAAUAAAGAAAUGGUAAUUCGUGGAUUGCAGAAAAAGGUUGAGGAGCAGGAGGAGGAGAUCACGCAGCUGAGGCUGCAGAUCAGUCGGCUUCAGACAUCAAAAGUCAGUUAGUUUCUCUGAUUUGGACAAGACCUGUGCCUGAAAACCAACAAACAGCCACUGCUGGAAGUGUGUGUGUAUGCUGAACAUCUGAACAUGACGACUUUAUAAUUUGCCCCAUCGUCUUGGUGCUUAAAAGUUAAAUUGAGAUACAACUGGUUAUUUCAGAGAAGCAGUUUGUGACAAAAUAACUGACAGUUUGAGCCUUUGUGUUAGUGUGUUUGUGCAGCUCAUCUUUUGUGUAUGUAACAUAAAAACUAUUGUAAACAU